AUGUCGCUCUCAUCUAUCCUUUCCGCUGAUGCCAUAGACGCUGCUAUGAAGGACUGCCAAGCACCGGACUCCUUCAACUGCAAGAAGUUCUUCCAGCAGUGUGGCUUGACCAAAAAGAGUCCCGCGGAGGUGAAGAAAGUCUUCGGGAUCCUGGACAACGACGCCAGCGGCUUCAUUGAGGAGGAGGAACUCAAAUUCUUCCUCCAGAGGUUCAACCCCGGGGCCCGUGUCCUGACUGAAAAAGAGACCAAGGCCUUCAUGUCUGCUGCUGAUGAUGACAGCGACGGCAUGAUUGGAGCAGAUGAGUUCCAGGCCAUGGUCCUAUCCUGA